CCACAUCCACCAUUCUUCCGUUGCCCUGAUUGAUUCUCUGACGCCAUGGCCGCCCACGGCAAGCCCAAGCCCAAGCCGCCCGGUGCCCCCGCGCCGCCGCCGCCGCCCCCGCCACCGACGGCGGCAGAGGCGAAGAAGGGCUUCAUGCGCCGGAUGUUCCCCUUCCUCCUCGCCGUCAACGCCUUCGUCGGCGCCUACAUGCUCGUCAGGACCUACUACAAGGACUCCCCGGCCAAGACCGCCGACGCUGCCUCUGCAACUGCCACGGCGUCCACCGCCGUCGAGUCCCAGGAGCCUGUUGCCGCCGUCGCGCCCGUCAAGCCGGUGCUUCCGCCGAUCCCCGAGGACGAGCAGCGCCGGGUCUACAAGUGGAUGCUGGAGGAGAAGCGCAAGGUGAAGCCGCGCGACGCCGCAGAGAAGAAGAGGCUUGACGACGAGAAGGCCCUGCUCAAGCAGAUCAUCCGCGCCGACACCCUCCCGGUGCUCUGAAACGAGAGAGCCUCACCACACCACCACCAGACUGGACUGCUCUGCUGUUGGAAUAAUUAAGCUGGCACUGCCUGAUUGAUGGUUUGAUUGGAUUUAGUUAGUUGAUUGUGUCGUGUGGUACUCUUAUUUUUAUCCUCUUAUAAGGUACUCCUAGUUUGAUGCCAAGAGGCCCAUCUCGAGCUGCUUUAUUUAUGUGGAUGCAGGCAGACUGGUCUUGUUGCUUGUGUUGCUCUAUGCUUCUUAAGAUAAGGAUUUAUGUCGAACUCA